GAGGGAGAGAGACGGGGGGCCGGCCCGGGCGAGGGACUCCGCCCAGCUACGUCUCCCCUGCGGGGUGGGUCACAGAAGAUUAAGCCUUUCCCUCUCCUGUCGGGCCAUUCAGGACAAGACACAAUAAAUUCGUUCCCGAAAUCAAACCUAGGGCCACCCCGGAUCCCAUCCGCCACCCAGCCUGGGCCAACCCUCUGGUCCCAAAGGGAUCCCUGGCUGCUGGGAUAAAGUGACUCUGUUCCCAUUUGCAGAUACCCCCGACUCCUCCAUUGAACGUGACUGUGGCGAGUGGAAUCAGAUGACAGCGUGUUGAACGCCUGUUCUAGGCUAGGUUGUGGUCAAGAUCCUGUUAGUUAAUUUCACACUCCAGUUAGUCAUGUUCUAACACAAUAAAAAAUGAAUGAACGAAAACAAGGCCUGGCGGGGAAGGGAGCUUCAGGCGAGAUCCCUGCACCAGAGGCUGAUUCAGACGCAAUCACAGAUGGAGAACAAAGAGGACGCUGCCCGUUUCAGUUGUUUCGGAGGGACAAAUGAUUGUAGCUCAAAUUCUGCGGACCCACCUUGUGCAGGGCUCUGCCUGCUAUCGGCAAACUAGAAUGGGAGUAGGCAACGGAGAGAGCAAACUGGCUCCGUAUUCGUGCCUCAAAAAAGGAAACAAUGCUUUCCAGCAGGCUCCACUGGAAGGGAAAUUAUUUUUUAAAUUAAUUUUGAUUAUCUGAUAUCUUAAAGUCAUCCUGACAUCUUGGACUGUCAUGUAAUUAGAAAAGUGUUUUGUGGGUGCAUCUUGAAAGGGUUUAAACAGAGAACCAAAACUGUUUUAUAUUCUAGAAUCACUUAAAUCGUAAUUUCAAUAGGAUAGGGUAUUACAAACUCUGCUGUAAACUAUCAAGUAGCUUGCUAUGUUUUGCUAAGUAGCUGCUGCCCAAGUGGUGGCUGUACUUCAUCAGUGGGCAAAAUGAUUCUUUUAUCUACAGUUCAGUACAGUCAGUCACACUUGCACUUUAGUUUGUUUGGCUGCAGGAUCAUCAUUAUUAAAAUCCUCCAAGUAGGAUUGCCACAAUCGCAAAAUAUGUAGUAUCAACCUUUAGUAAGCACUUAUACUACUGUCAGCUAAUGGACUUACUUCUCUAGCUCAGGUGGUAGAAUACUGUGCUUUGUUAAUUCAAAUGGUGAUGACUACCAAAUGGAGGACAUUAUGCAAUUGUUAUUAAAUAUAUGUGGGACCAGUUUGGGUAGGUGUACUGCCUAUAGGGAAAAAAUAAUCCAAGUUGCUUGUGGGGACUUGUGUCUGACAACUGCAUACAGUGGAUUCAUUUAAGAUACACAAACAACAUCUGGGAGUUUUUAACUAAUACUUUAUUUUGACAGAUACUAGACUAUGUCUGUGGUUUUGGUACUGCUGUGUCAGCUGACAAUAAUGUUUGCAUUUCCUCAUUGCACAAGAAGAUUAAAGGAUUCAAAGCAUAUAGGGAAAGAAGUGUUUACAUCAGAAAAAGAAGCCAAUUUGUUCAUCGGACGACAUCUUCUGUAUAACAGAUUUGAUUUUGAAGUAUUUACCCCUGGUAAUCUAGAAAGAGAAUGCUAUGAGGAACUGUGCAAUUAUGAAGAAGCAAGAGAAAUUUUUGAAGACCCUGAUAAAAUGAUGACUUUUUGGAAAGAAUAUUCCAUUAAGGGACCCAGCACAAAAUUUGGUGGUGAAGCUACACAGAACAUUGAUGUUACAGGACUUCUGACUGGCCUAGUUGCUACUGGAGUUCUGUUAGUUACAACUGGAUUACUUAUUUACUAUUUCUACAAAAACAGAUGCAAAGCAAGACAACCACCAGGGUACUCAGACAGCGUAAGAAGUAGAAGACAUGAAGAGGUUUCUUUAAAUCCACUCUCUCUGAGAACAGAUGAGUCAGGACUGCCAACUUAUGAAGAAGCAGUGACAUUAGGUGGAAAAUACGAUGUCCCACCACCACCAUAUCUGGGGCCUGCAAAAGGGUUUAAGAUGUUUAAAAAGUCUCUGUCACUUCCUGCCCCAUAGUCCCAAACUUGACUCUGGAGGAGUGGGGAAUUAAUCUUCAUCGGAAGAUGUACAUUUGAAAAGGGGCAGUACCUUGCAGAACAUUUUUCACAAAUGUGAAAGACCUACAGUUCUUCAGCACAGCUAGGAGAAGGUGAAUUCUUUCAUACUGGAAAGGAAGUUAUUGUUUUGCAAAAAUUUGAUGUAUUUUUCCAGCAUGAAACUUGUUUAUACAGGUUUUUGGUGCUAGAACUGAACUGUGUAUAACGGUACUAACCUUUGAGCUCCCUUGCAUUUUGAGCCAAGUAUCAAACUAUUGAUAUUCCAUUACUAGUUUUAUUUACUGUUUAUUCAGAAGGAAAAAUAUUAAUAAAAUUGGACUUGAUACGAACCAUUUUUUUAAUUAAAACUUUAAACCACUGUGAAUAUAUUAAGCAUUGAAUAACUAACAAAAUAGAUACCUCAUUUGGUUGCUAGGUGGGUUUUGUACUGGUUCUAGAAGUAGUGAUGGGCUGUAUUGAUGAAAGCUAGUUAAUCUGUCAAGCUUGUAUAGCAUUAUGGUUUCUGAAUUAAUUUGUCUAAUUUUAAACAUUACAGUAUUGUCUCAUACUGUCCAGUUAAUGUAGAUUUUAAAUGGCAGGAAGCCAUUAUUAGGAGGACACAAGAUAUUCUCUUUGUGAAAAUCAUGGUAGGGGUUAUCUAAAAUAAUGACUACAUGUAUUCUCCUCAACUUCAUCACCUACUUACUGUUCUGUUGCAGAACAGUAGUUUAUUGCUAGGCAAGUAAGAUAGGUGCCUUUCCCUAGAUCCCAUUAACAAACAACCCAUAGCAAUGGCUUGUUGGUAGCUAGUAGGAUUAUUUCUCUCCUUCCACAUCCGCACCUUAAUAUAUACAGUGUAAAUUUUCAAAGCAUUGUCUGGAGAAGCAACUUCCCCUUGAACACAACUUCCAUUGAUGACCUUAGUCUUAGAGGCUUAAAGUCAAGACUUCUGACUGAUAAAAUAGGAGUCCAAAAGUUGCUUCUGCAUGCUCAUGCAGGUCACUUACAUUGCUCUGCUGGAAUGACAUUCAUUAGUCUGAGAUUUUAGAAAUCUCUCAUGAGCAGAAUGUCUAGUAAUCAGAAGACAAUGGACAAGCUUUUCAAAAGUGACUGAUGACUUUGGGUACCUUCAUUUCUGGAGCUCCAAUGGGAGACACCUUUAAAAUUGGGACCCUUUAAGGUCUCACCAGUUGGACAUUCAGAAGCUGAGUCACUUUAGAAAAUCUUGGCCAAAGGUUCAAUAGCAGCAAAUUGAAUUCAAACUUGUAUUUAAAAUGGUUCAUUUGUAUUCAGUCACUGUUUACAUUUAAAGGUUGAAUGUUUACUUGUAACAUGAUUUUUUUGACAGAGAAGUUCAGUGAGAAACUAUGUAAUGACUCCAUAUCACUGUCUUAAAUCUAAAAAUCUCUCAUCUAAAGAGAAAUUGCUGGAAUACUUGGAAGAUAUGGGGUGCACUGAGAAUACUACAUAAAGCCAAUCUUGCCUGUAAGUAACUCAUGUUGACUUAAGUGGAUGGAGAAUUAUUUUCUUGUUACUGACUGACAGGAUUGGGAGUCAAAUUGGUUUCUCUUCUGUCUCUGUCAGACUUACUUAUAGCCAACGGCAAGUCACUUAACCUCUCUGUGCCUUACUUUUCAAUCUGUAAAAUGGGCAGAAUACCUACCUCAGGGUGCUGUGAUGUUUAAUUCAUUGCCAUUUAUACUUCAAGUGCUCCAAGAUUCUUGGUUGAAGAGUGCCAUAGAUCAUUUUUAACUGCUGAAGCCUUAAAGACUGUGUCCAAUCUACUUCAAAGACUGCAUCUCAACUGAUCAGCUGAUAAAUGAAGUGCUGGGCUAAGAGUCUCAUGGCUUAAUCACAAGGAGAGUGGAAACCAGACAUUAUCAGUGAAAGGUGCUUGACCAUUGCAUUAUCUUGUCAUCUGUAUACUCCAGAUCCCAAAUCUGUUAACCUUCUACUCACUUUGCAAGGCUCAUUUGCUCUCCCAGGCUUUUGCUGGGUGAAAAGAGAUUCAGAAUUGGAUGGAAGAGAUUUGAAGGGGAAAAGUCUAGAGCGGUUUGGGGGUUUUGGACAUUGGUCUGAAUUGUUGUAUCUUGUACAUGUGCCAAAAAACAUUGCAUCACUUUUUAAAAUAUAAAUACAACACUAUACAAAAUAAGACCAGAAUAUUCACUUGAAUGUAGAAUCUGACUCUUAAUUCAUAAAAGGAGGAAGUAACUACAAAUGGGUGACUGCCAACAAUGAAGAAAAAAAUGUUGAUAUAACAAGCAAAUUACA